CGGCUGUCUCUUUAUUAUUCACCUCGGAGCUUCCUUGUCUAUGCUGUUCUUUCCUGUCACGAGGAAAGCCGGAUCUUAAAUAAAUCAACAUUGAUGCUCGUGUCGCAAAGAAAUGUCUCGCGUAACCAAUAAUUGAAGAGCUCCAAGCGGCAGCGCAAAGGCCCAUGCCAGGAACAGGUGCAGGCUCAUCAUAACCAUAACACCCUCUAUCGCGGCAAUCGCGGCAUGGUGGCAGAGCGAGAUCUUGAUCUGCCAUUCUUCAUAUUGUUGGCAAGUAAACUAUCUGGCUGCUGCAUCCGCUACCGCUGUUACUGUCGGAAUUGGCAUUCUCUUAUUAAAAGUAAAAGGUAUCAUGAAGGCUACCUGCAGGAACGAAGAUGACUUUGAUCUGAUGGAUAUUGUGACUAGGAGGAGUUGCCGAGGGACUACCGAGUUGGCUAGCGAUACCCAUGCAUCUAGUAGUAGUACCAGCACUGGCAGUGGCUUCUCGGGAGAACCUUGUCCUGAGCCUUCGCCUGAGCCUGAGCCUAAUCCUUCAGCGGGCGAUAUCCUAGUAGAGGAUACUAGUACUAGUACCGGUACUGAAGAUCCAGUCCUGGCCAAGUUAUCUCGAGCCUCUCCAGAACUGGAAUUGGAAGACGACACGGAUGUCCCAGGAGCAUUUGCAGAGGCUGGACCCAAUCUCUCCACAGAAGAACAAGACGAUAACACUAAUACUGGUGCAAACAGUGAUCGACCACUCGACUACACGGGCUUAGCGGUAGCAAACUUGGUACACGACCAAGACGAUGAUAUCUCCAAUAGUCAUGCCAGACCCGAUUUACCUCGCGCACAAAAUUUUGAUGCACGUGAACACCAAAGAAGGAAGCAGCAGCGAGCCAAGCAAGUCAAGACUGCCAUUUUAAUUGGAAUCGUUCUUUUCAUUGCUCUCAUUAUGAUAUUUCUGGCAUUCACUGUCCCUUCCAUCAAGAAGGAUAACAGCGAGUCUCGUACAACUCAGUCGAUGCCCACCACUAAUAAUGACAACAAUCUCCCUUCCAGUGCCCCCACGACUCUGGAAGCAUCCAUCUUGUCGCUCUUCCCGGAUGCAACCAUUGAUGCCAUCAUGGAGGAACCAGAAUCACCUCCAUCCAAAGCAUACCAAUGGCUCAUCGAUGACCUUGACUUAUUGUUGUCAGUGGAGUACACAGACCGCCGUAUCGUUCAAAGAUUUGCUCUUGCCACACUCUACUUUGCAACCAAUGGUGAGAAUUGGAACACCAAUACACAUUGGCUCAACCACACUGUCCAUGAAUGUGAUUGGUACACCAUGUCAUCCUUUGCUAUGAAGCAAAAGCUGGCCAAACACUAUCCGGGGUACCUAUCCGAGUUCUUUCCUCCUACAGAACCACCACCCACAGUCUGCAAUAAAGAAGGACUCUAUCAAAAUCUCUGGCUCGAUCAAAACAAUCUGGUGGGAUUCCAACCCGAUGAAUUGUAUCUCUUGACAACACUCAAAACCUUGUCCAUCGGAGUCAAUCGACUAGAAGGUACUAUUCCCCAACAAGUGGGGCAACUCACAGAGCUGGAGGGAUUGGUCAUUAAUGUCCAGAAGAAUGCUGGAAGUAUUCCUACCGAAAUAGGUCUACUGACGAACCUUCGAGGUCUUGGAUUGAGUGACAACAAUCAUCAGGGAGUCUUUCCCACCGAACUUUGGCAACUCACAAAUCUAGAAACAUUCUUUACCAGUGGCAACCCCAAUCUCCAUGGCUUUAUUCCCACCACCAUUGCCGCCAUGUCCAAGCUGAAAUGGCUCAUUAUGGACGGCUGCCAACACACGGGAACAAUACCCACAGAGAUUGGUCAAUUGCGACAACUAAGCUGGCUAACAUUGAUGGGCAACCAGUUUUCGGGGAGUCUGCCAACAGAACUAGGUCGUUUGACCAGCUUGGGCAUGUUCUCUGUAUCCCAGAACAUCCAUUCUGGGGCCCUUCCCAGUGAAGUUGGGUUACUUACCUCCCUCACGAUACUGUCGCUGCGAGAGAAUCAAUUUUCAGGGCAGAUCCCAUCGGAAUUCGGACAGCUGACAACUCUGGCUGGGUUUUUGACUUUACAAAACAACCAGUUCCUCUCUGGGGCCAUCCCAACCCAGCUGGGGCUUUUGACGUUGUUGCAAAAGCUUGAAUUGCAAAACAACAUGCUCAGCGGACAAAUUCCUCGCGAAUUUGGACAGCUGACUUCCAUGGGUCGACUGAAUGUUGCCAAUAACUCCCUAACUGGGGCGAUACCAUGGGAGCUCUCUGGGUUGCAACCAUUUCUGCAUACACUAAAGCUGGAAGGGAACCCGGGAUUAUUUGGGACUGUACCAGAUGCUUUGUGUAAUGUGAAUGGUACCUGCAUUGGCACCAGCUUGAGCCCUUGUGAAGGACCCUAUGGAUUCUCAUUUGAUUGUGGUGGGAGCAGCAUGUUGUGUGGCUGUGGUUGUUCUUGCGAUUUAUAGCAUGUAUUUGAGAAUGCAAAGUUGAUCUCCUGCCAGAACCAUGCUUGGUUUUUCCGUCACAUGCUUGACAAUCUGUAACUAUGCUAGCAACAGACAUUUGCCACUACUAUAGCUAGCUAGAUCUUAGGUUUUCUCCAAAGCAACCAAAAGAAAGAUCCAACCUAAGCAAAG